CAAAACAUUCAUUGAUAUCUCAGUCUUAUGACCAUCAACCAGUAUUCUUUACAAUGUUUUUUUUUCUUUUCGCGGGUCUUCUAGUGAACGCUUUGUGUUAUACGGUUGCAAUCUAAUUGUCAGCUAAUUCAGGCAAGUUGGUCAAAUUAAUAACUAUAGAAGAACUUUAUAUACCCGUAGAUAUGUGGCGUGUAGUAAUUUAUUUUAUAUGCACCGCACUAGGUUCUUAUGCUAACGAAGAGGUUUUUUUGUCAUUGUUGCAACAUGGAAUCAUUCCUGACGUAAUUCCCUUCCCCCCUAUUGAGCCAGUAUUGGUUCGUUAUGCAAGUGGAGCGGAGGCGAAGUAUGGUAAUGUAAUCGAUGUGGAAGACCUUGUGAAGCCACCAGAUGUUAGUUGGAAUUUGGGUUCAAAUAACUUCUAUACAUUUGGUUUAAUUGAUGCCGGUAUAACGUCACGUAUCGAUUGCCAUACAACAACGUUUCUACAAUGGUUAGUGAUAAACAUCCCAGAGUCUGAUAUUGCAAAAGGAUACACCAUGGCUCCAUUUGUAAGAUCUCUGCCUAAGAAGAAAGUUUUUGGUCAAUCGGUAUAUUAUCGUUACGUGUAUCUUGUGUACCAACAAAUGGAUAAAAUCGAAGGCUAUGAAAUUUUGAAAUUUAAAAGUGACAAUAGAUCAUAUCUACAACUAGUUAUUACAUUGUUUCCUUUGAAAACGGCCAUCGAAAUUCUGGGUGAAAUUACAAAUCGAACCGGUUUUUCAAUGUUUGAUGUAUGUUCGGAGUUCCUAAUGGAUAAGCCUGUAGCUGGUAAUUUAGUAUUGGUCAAGUACAAAGAUAUUUAUAUACCACCUGAACCAUUAAUCGAUUUAUAAUUAUUGUAUAAAGAUUCAUCGAAGAAAACCAUUUCGGAGAAUUAACAUAUUCAUGGGAAUAUAUCCAAUAUAACAUAAUCUUUAUAUCAAUAUAUAUAUAUAUAUAUGUAUAUAUGUAUGUAUGUAUAUGAAAAAAUAGGCAUUUUUUAUGAUUAAAUUUUCUAAUGACACUAUUGAAUAUUUUUAAUUUUAUGUCUAUGAGAGGUGGAAAGGGGAUGUAUUGUAAUUAAAGGGUACAAUUUGUUUACGGAUCA